GAACUAUUCAGUAUUCAGUUUUCUGCUAUGCACAAUCGUGGUGUUAUUCGAUGCGGUUAUGUUAAUUACGAUUUAGUUGAAAGAGUUUUAUUACUUAUUUGUUAUGAUAAUUAAAAGAUAAAGUGAAGAUGAGUUCGUGUGUUGCGUUAGUGAAGUGCCGGCUGUGGUGCGAUGCAUUAGCUGGUAUUCCGAUAAACUUUGAAAGUUAAAUAGUUUUCAAUGUUUUGCUGUGUGCUUUUUGUGCAAUAGAAGCUGCUAACAUGGGGAACUUUCGAUGUUGUUAUAACUUGGUGGUGUGGGUGGCAAUGGCGUAUCUGAUGGCGUUCCCUCCUCUCACAGAGACAAGGAUGGAAGAAAGUAUGGAGCCCCACCCGACAUCAACGGAAAAGCCAGAAACGGAGGCACCACGCAUCGAGCUGAAAAUGGGCAAAUGCUUCCACAUGUCCCGGGAGCAUUGCCCCACGGACCAGCGGUGCAAACGAGUGGACCCUGUGUCCGUCUUCUGUUGUGACGUAGACAGCUUUCGACUCAGAGAGGCUCUUGCUAUCACAAUGACCCAGAACACGACAAAUCUGCACGUGCUGAACGCGACGAUAAAGGAGCUGGAUGUGUCACAAUCCACAUUUAGAAGACUCACUUCGAUGGCACUCACAGAUGGAAAUAUCGGCAAGAUUGUUGGUCAAUUCCCUAAGUACUCCUCGAUUGCAUGCCUGAACAUCUCCAACAAUAACCUGAGCAGCAUCACCCCGCAACCACCAGGCCAGCGACCUUUCGCCUAUCUCUUCACAUUGUCCAUACUCGAUGCUUCUGCUAACAAUCUGACAGAGUUCCCGCUGAGCCUCGUACAGAGUAAUAGGAAGAUACAUGUCGACCUCUCGGGCAACAAUUACCUGCCCUGCAAGCACUUCCAGAAGGCAAUGGAGGCUAACAACGGCUCUCUUCUGCAGUUCCUUAACCACGAAAAUACCUACUGUGCCCUCGACCUGCGAUUCAACUGGUUCCAGAACGUGCAGAUCGUUCAGAUUGACCACUUACAAGUUCAGAAAGAUUUAAACAAGAGCUGCCAAGACAUAAAGCCAGCGAACAUUAACUGCACGUGCACGACCAUGCUUGAGCUGGUGCUGCACCGUGAGGCCACUUACGUAGUGGCUGUGGACUGCUCCCAGCGCGGUCUCACGCAGCUGCCCACCGGUCUACCCAAUAACACUGUGAACCUGAAUGUGUCUUAUAACAACAUUACGUCCCUCCAAGCAAUAGCGGACGACGCGUCGUACGAUCACUUGCGAUGGUUGAUAGCAGACCACAACGACAUUGGCAGCAUUGUGGAGCUCGAGGGAUCCAAAUUCAUUGACAACUUCAGGCUCUUCUCCAUCACUCAUAAUAAACUGAGAUCUAUCCACCCUUACGUGCUGUCGAACCGUCUGGAGACAGCCGGCGCCACCAUGCUCAUCGCUGAAAACCACAUUCACUGCGACUGCAACACCGAGAAAGUUGUCAAGCCCUGGCUUCUCGAACAUAACACGGCGUUACUGGACUACAAAGACCUCUGGUGCGACAACAACAUGGGCCCUGUCGUGGAAUUGAAAGAGUUCCAGGUCUGCCACACCCCGCGUGACUGGACGGACUACAUCUACUACAUCAUAGGGCUAGAGGCGCUGGUGUUAGCGCUUCUGAUUAGCAAGGUCUCUUACGACUACUGGGUGUUUAAGACCGCGGGAUACUUGCCGUGGCCAGCCAACAAAAUGCCAAGGUUGCCUUGCGAUUGGCUUUGCGAAUAAGACUUUCGGUGACGUCAUAACUAGUCUGGGAUUUGUGUCGUGGGCAUGUGCUUGACUUUCGGUCGGUUUAGCUCGAUUCGUCAAAUGCUUAUUGUAGUUUCGUGCUUAAAUGUGUAUUAAUAAUUUUAUAUACAACACACAAAUAGUUACAAAAGAAUACAAAUUUGUAGAAUUAUCAUGAUUACAAACACGAACAGAAAACUUUUUUCGCUUGCUUUGCACAACGUAUCGCAACUGCGUGCUUAUAUUUUUGUAAAUAUUUUUUUCCUUAACCACCACGUUCACUGAACGAGUGUGAUCGUUUCUUGAGUCUGUGAAAACUAACUUCACGAGCUAAUUUAGAAGAAACAUUAAUCGAAGUGCCUUAGAAAUAAAUUUAAAAUAGUU